AUGAUGAAACUUUGGGGCUUAGUCGUUGCCUCACUUUUCGUAGCAGUAAUAACUCCGCUCGUGCUGGACACCUCUAGCCGACUGAGAGAGGAGUCGCCCCCAAACUCGCCAGCCUCACAGAAUGAACAGCCUACCGAAUACGACGAACACAUUCCAUGGAAGCCCCCUCGUGCGAUGGUCUUUGUAAACGCUCUUUGGUUCUAUCAUUCAUCUUCCUCUGGGACUUGGGAUCUGCUGCCGUCGCAGUUCCAGUCACGAUAG